CCCCGAGAGUCGGUAGCGGGAGGAGGAGGAGGAAGGCAGAGCCCGCCAUGGCGAGGGGAGGCUGACAGGUCUCCCGCUUCCUCGGCCGGCCCCGAGGACGUACCUUCAGCCCAAGGUCCUGCCGCACCUUUCGCAGCUGCCUGCCGGCUCUCGAGGGCGAGGAGCCCCCGGCGGCGACUCACCAGAGCCCUUCCCGCCACCUCUCCUGCCCCCAGCACUCCCCUCACACGCCGCUCCGCACGGGGGCGACCUGCCGCCCGGCCCCGGCUCCCGCUCCCGCCCCCGCCCCGCUGCGGAGCCGGGCUCCGCUCCCGCCGCCGGAGGUGCUCCCCGGGGCGGGGAGGGGAAGGGCAGCGCGGGGAGGCGGCACCGCUCUCCCACCUGCCCCCCCCCCACCCCCCUACUCCGCCGCCGGGCGAGGUUAGUGAUGAGGCGGCCGCGGGGGGCGGCUGGCGGGGAGCAGCCGGAGGAGUUUGUUUGCUGCCUGCUCCCGUCUCCCUGAUGCUCUGAGCCGGAGUCUCCUCCUCUCCCCGGGCUCGCACCCGGGCUGGAUGCUCCGCUCGCUCCUCGCUUCGCUGCCACAGUCGCCAGCCGUUUCCCGCCGCCCCGCAAGAAAUGGAGCCGUCCGCUGCCCCCCUGGACACCACUCCGGACCCCGCCAUCGUGCAGCCCCCCGGGGCCAGCCCGCCGGUGCCCCCCCGGGAGCAGCAGGAGCAGCUGCGGAUCGGGGAGAGCGGACAGUUCAGCGAGGGGCUGGAGGACAGAGGUUUGCUAGAAAGCAGUACAAGGCUAAAACCUCAUGAAGCUCAAAGCUACAGAAAGAAGGCAUUGUGGGUUUCCUGGGUCUCCAUUAUUGUCACACUGGCUCUUGCAGUGGCUGCUUUCACUGUCUCCGUAAUGAGAUACAGUGCAUCAUCAUUUGGAUUUGCUUUUGAUGCUACCCUGGAUGUUUUGUCAUCAGCGAUAGUUUUGUGGCGUUAUAGCAACGCAGCUGCUGUGCAUUCUGCACACAGGGAGUACAUAGCUUGUGUUAUCUUGGGUGUCAUAUUCCUCCUGUCAUCUAUAUGUAUUGUGAUCAAAGCCAUCCAUGAUCUUGCGAAGAAGGUGCUUCCAGAAGUGGAUGACUUUCUGUAUAGUGUCUCCGUUUUAAGUGGAAUACUUUGCACUGUCUUGGCAGUAAUCAAAUUUAUGCUGGGAAAGGUCCUUACAAGCAGAGCGCUGAUAACCGAUGGUUUCAACUCUCUUGUAGGUGGAAUAAUGGGAUUUUCCAUCCUUCUUAGUGCAGAAGUUUUUAAACACAAUUCUUCUGUCUGGUAUCUGGAUGGCAGUAUAGGAGUUUUAAUUGGACUUACAAUAUUUGCCUAUGGAAUCAAGUUGCUUAUUGAUAUGAUACCCCGUGUAAGGCAAACGCGCCAUUAUGAAAUGUUUGAGUGAAGAUCACACCCUCUUCUCUGUCAGGACUGUAAAACUACAGCCAUCGUACAUUUUGGCAAGUGAUGCCAAUGGUAUUUUACUGAAUAUGCAGUUUGUUUCCCGUGGUCUGUUUUUGUUGAAGUUUGUUUUAAUGGGAAAUCUCUCUGUAAAACUGGCAUAUGUGCACACUGCUUGCAAUUCAGUGAAACAGCAGCAUUUUUUUUUCAAGUAUGCUAUUGAUUCCUGUGACAAUAGAAAACAUGCGGUUUGCAGUUUUAACCCAGCUGCCAUGUUGUAUAUUCCAGAGUGACAGUGUUCUUAAUGGUGUGAUAAGCCUGUGGGUAAAGAAGUGCCAGUUUCAGAUCAUGUUUUUUCCCCCCCGGCCUGUACUUUCCCAAACACAUGCUGUAACAGAAGUACAAUCCUUACUAACCUCUUCGGCUAACAGAGUAUCCUAUGUAGAGUCUGGACACCAAGAGCUGUGUUGCUUAAAACACUUAAGUAGCUACUUCCUCCCCCACCAUUCAAAUAGAUGCACAGAAAGAGCAGGGGUACAAACCUUUCUGUGCUCAGAGAGAUACUUCAUUUUAAUCCUAAAUUAACUGAAACUAUACCUCUUCAACAUAAAUUCCGUUUUUUCUUAACGAGACACUGUUCAUAGCUUUGCAUGGACCAAACAAGCACACACAGUAUUACUGUACAGACCAAAGCCAAAAAGUCGUGCAAGGAAGAGGAGCUGCUUGAGGAAUGGGAUUCUCAUCUUCUAUUAUACUAUACGCAGAUAUACCAGCAUGUGUGACUUUGUGGUUGCUCUGUAGUCUGACGAUGGCACAGCAGUGGCUCAAUCUGGUGGUGAGAUACAGAUCUAUUUAUUAGAUUUAGAUUGUCCUGUAAAGUGUUGCUCACCUUCCAUCACGCAUCUUAUAUAUUACUUAAUAGCAGGUUAAAUUAUAAAAGAAUCUUGAUGUAUAAUCAAUAAAACUGGUAUCUAUUUUAUACAGUAUCUGUAAGUAACAUUUGAAAACUAUUUCCAGAAUGUAUCAUAGAACAAAGUCUUCCUGUAUAGCAGCCUAUUAAACUGGAUUCUCUGGCUGUA